AUGGGCAGUACCGGAAUGUCCCUCCGCACGACGCAGCGUGCACCCCGCAGCUGCUUGUCGUGUGCUUCUCGCAAGGUCAAGUGUGACAAGUCAGUGCCAUGCUCGCGCUGUAUCAAGCGGGGACAAGCAGACGCUUGUGUGAGGGAGAUGGUCAUCAUACGUGGCGAGGUGACAAUGUGGCAAGAUAGUCCUCAUGUGCUCACUUAUGAGGAACUAAGCCGCGAGAAUCAGCGAUUACGUCGAGAGAUUAGUGUCUUCAGAGCUGAGAGAGGGGAACUUCCUCAGAGCAACGAAAAGCCUGUAACACUCGGAAGAAUUAAAGAAUUCCAGUACAGUAACGGCCUCGAAGAACAACUAUGGCAGAGUAUUUGCACAACUCCAGAGACACGCGCCAGUUCAACCAUCUUGCACUGGAAAGACAUCAUCCUACCAAACCCUGCUUGCAGCGACCAGCUGAUUGCCUACGACAGGAUCUGGAACUCGUGGGUGCACUAUGCACUUGAGUAUCCGCACUUUAGUAAUGAGUGCACCGUGUUCAUGGGGAGCAUGGAAGAGAAUUCAUCACUGGACAAAGCUGAUGCUUCAUGGAUGUCAGUCUAUUUCAGUGUUCUGAGUACAGCGCUUCUAAUGAUGGAUGACGCUGAAGCGGAGAACCUCCCACUCCCAGAUGGCAUCAACCACCAAGAAGCCUCAGCGAACUGGUAUCACGCUGCCAUAUUUUGCCUGCACAAGGCCGACUUUAUGCGGACAUCCAGCGUACGCUCUGUCCAAGCCAUAGCAAUCCUGGGCAUUUCCUUCAACAACAGAGGAGAUUCGGAACUAGGGGAGCAUCUUUGGAGUUCUGCAAUACGUAUCGCUCAAAGGAUUGGCCUAGACCAGGGCUACUCUGAGUUGGCUUCAUCAUGCUUGAGCGCAGAAGGACAACAUCGACUAUGGUGGACACUUGUUAUAUGUGAUUGGGUUCAUGCUACUGAUUUUGAAGUUCCACUACCGUCAGCCACAUCCACAGACGAAGAGGACAACGUCACUCACCCGGUUCACUACCACAUCUUUAUGGCAAGGACAUCUACAAUUUUUUACUACUUUCGUCAGGCUAUUCGGUCUGGUCCAUCGUCUUUGGCUGAGUUGGUACAAGUUGUUAGAAAGGCAGAUGAAGAUCUAGCAGAGGUCAUAGAUACCCUGCCGGUACAUUUGCGGCCCGACGCCGAUGGAAACGACGAGAUAAGGCGGCUUGAACUGGCACAGCCUUGGAUCAAGUGGCAGCGUUUCGAUCUCACCCUCGUGUUGCUACAUCUUCGCCUCCAGAUCAACUGUACGCUUCAGGAACAGUGGCAUUCAUAUCCGGGACAAUAUGACUGGGCGAGAACAAUCAGUGUCAGGUCUGCCAUGAGCAUCGUUUGGAUCAACCGUAACUGGGAUCAACCUAUAUCGAUGCGGAAGCAAUGGGCACUUUCAUACCAUAUCUUUGCAUCUGCUCUAGCGUUAUUAUCUGAAUGCCGAAGCGACGCAUGUAUCGAGGGAGAGGAGUAUACCGAAACGAUACAAGGCGCUGUUGAAUUACUGGAAGAGAUCAAGGAGCACAGCGCUGUGGCGUACCAUGCAGCCAGGAUAUUACGAGAGAAUAUGGUUGAAGAUAAUCGAACUGACGGUAGUUUGGACUAG